ACACUCGCCAGAACUCUCUAAAAUCCAUCUGUUCACCAUCUCUCAGUUGAAGAAACCUUUUCGCUUUCGUUUUCAAGAACCCCAAAUGGCUCCCAAAGCAGAGAAGAAGCCAGCUGAGAAAAAACCGGCAGCAGCAGAGAAAGCUCCGGCGGAGAAGAAGCCAAGGGCAGAGAAGAAGUUGCCAAAAGAAGGCGCCGGUGACAAGAAGAAGAAGAAGGCAAAGAAGAGCGUCGAGACCUACAAGAUCUACAUCUUCAAGGUCUUGAAACAGGUUCACCCUGACAUCGGCAUUUCGAGCAAGGCUAUGGGUAUCAUGAACAGUUUUAUAAACGAUAUCUUUGAGAAACUUGCUCAGGAGUCAUCAAGGCUUGCAAGGUAUAAUAAGAAGCCCACUAUCACUUCAAGGGAGAUCCAGACUGCUGUGAGAUUGGUGUUGCCUGGGGAGCUUGCCAAACAUGCUGUUUCAGAAGGGACUAAGGCUGUUACCAAAUUUACUAGAGAAAAGAAGCCAGCCGAGAAAAAGCCAGCCGCAGCCGAGAAAGCGCCGGCGGAGAAGAAGCCAAGGGCAGAGAAGAAAUUGCCUAAAGAAGGAGCGAUUGACAAGAAGAGGAAGAAGGCUAAGAAGAGCGUGGAGACCUACAAGAUUUACAUCUUCAAGGUUUUGAAACAAGUCCAUCCUGAUAUUGGGAUCUCAAGCAAAGCAAUGGGUAUCAUGAAUAGUUUCAUCAAUGAUAUCUUUGAAAAGCUUGCUCAAGAAGCUUCGAGGCUCGCUCGGUAUAACAAGAAGCCUACCAUUACGUCCCGGGAGAUCCAGACUGCUGUUAGACUGGUUUUGCCUGGAGAGCUUGCGAAACAUGCCGUUUCUGAAGGGACUAAGGCUGUUACCAAGUUUACCAGCUCUUAGGCGGCCAGGGUUUGUUGGGUUCUGGAUGGUGGGUAUUUUGCGAGGUUCGAUCUAUCAAUUAGGGUUUGUGUUCAUGUAUAGUUUAAGGUUUUGAUUUUAGUCGAAUUGAUGUAGCUGUUUGGUUUUUUACAAUGAUACAUGGAUCUUGUUCGUAAA